ACUUCGAUUUACUUUACUGCUUUUAUAUCAUUUCUAAUCAUAACUAUUUAUAACAUUGUAUGAUGGAGUGCACAUCGUUUGAUUGCUGGGUUGUUCCAGCUAUUGUGUCUAAUGGUUGUUUAAAAUGAUAUUUAUAUAUAUUCUAUUGAGUAGAAUCUGUUCUAAUAGUGAAAGUAAAUGUUCGAGUUAUAUGCUCUUUCAGUGUCACUUGUCAUUUCAUUUGUUGAUUUACGUUGUUAUAAAGACAUCGUCCCAGUCAUGCUCAGGAGAAGCCUUUUUACACGAGUCACUUUUUGGCCUGUUCACGUAUCAUUACAGCCAAACAGUCCUUUUCGUUUUGAUAGUGAACAAAAAGUAACUUGCCAUAACAAAAGUUAUAGGAGACUGAAAUCUAAACAGAUUUUAACAUGGCAUCAAAGUAAUGCAUUUUUUUCUUACGGUUUCAUACGUUUUAACAUUUCAAUCAUUGAAUUAUUGACUGUUUGGCAUUGGUUGGUUGCCACGAGGCUCUUUCAAUAGUUUUGAAAGGGAUAGGGUAGAUGAAAUGAUGAGAUUCUUGUAACUUUUGGAUGACCCCUUCUUGACAAAGACAGUCCCCAUCAAUUGUCCCCAGGCUUUAUUCCCCUUUUUUUGUGCCAGGGGGACGUUUUGUAUCUUUUGUUUGUUUAUCUGUCAGACUCACUGGCCUUAGUUUGAUUUAGUAUUGUAGAACAAUAAGCAUAUUAACCAUAUUAUUACACAAAACCAUCUAAAUGUCCAUCUAUACCCAAACUUUGUAUUUAAUCCAUUCAGAUUAUUUCCAUUGACUGUUAGGGAUGACCACAAUUGAUAUUAAACUGUUGACAUUAGGUACAUACAAUUUUACAUUUUAUUUUUCAGUAUAGCGAGUACAUUGCCAAUCCUGCAUUGGAACUGGUUAAAUAUUUGUUUUCAUUCAAAAUAAUUUCGGUGUUUUUUUUUUUUAAGUCAGUGGAAAUUGCUGCUGUAGGUGUGCAGUGUAUACCCGUUAAUGAACUAGCUUUACCUCCAUUGGCCAAUCUGGUCACAUGGUUCCCUAACUUUAUUCAGUUGACAGCAAGUAGGAGGGCUUUAUGGAGGGUGGAAAAAAAGACAACUCGAGAAAAAUUUGUAUUUUCUACCUUCAGAAAUUAAUGACCAUGAGUUCGUUUAUGGUGGACUCUAAGUAUGUGGACCCAAAAUUUCCUCCUUGUGAGGAAUAUUCGCAAAAUAGCUAUAUACCUGACCAGGGGACAGACUACUACGGUCCAGCGCAGGACCCAGGUUUCCAGCAUCCAGGAAUCUAUCCACGGUCAAACUACACUGAGCAACCCUUCAGUUGUACCACUGUGCAGGGUUCUACAGUGCAGCCGCGGGGUCAUGUGCAUGAGCGAGCCAGCCACCCUAGCCCUUUCACUGCACAGACCGAGCCGUGUCCCCCGGUCCAAGUGACUGGCCCCCGGACUUGUGGACAGCAACAAAACACAAAGAACCAACAUGGGAUACAAGCCAAGCAGCCUACAGUAGUUUACCCCUGGAUGAAGAAACACCACGUUACUACGGUAAACCCGGACUACACAGGACCUGAACCGAAACGGUCUCGGACAGCUUAUACAAGACAGCAGGUUUUGGAACUGGAAAAGGAGUUUCAUUUUAACAGGUAUCUGACCAGGCGGCGUCGCAUAGAGAUUGCCCAUACACUCGUUCUCUCCGAGCGUCAGAUCAAAAUCUGGUUUCAAAACAGAAGAAUGAAAUGGAAAAAAGACCACAAACUACCGAACACAAAGGGAAGAUCUGCAUCGGCUUCCAGCCAACAUUUACAAAGUAUUCAGAAGGAUAACCAGACUGAUAUCACAACUUUAUGAAUAUUGUGGGAAAUUUUGAAUCUUACAUGAACUGUAGGCCUAUAAAAACUAUUUCCCAUUUGACUUUGCAUGAUCUCAAACAUGGCAUUUUCGUCAUAGGCAGUUACAUUCAGAAGGACCCUCGAUGUGUGUUGGCUCGCUGAAUUGAGUCAACUUCCAACAUUGUAACUGAUAGGUGCUCAGAAGAUACGAGUGCGUCACUACAUGCUUCACAUGCUUCAAAGAGGUUGCAGUAGAUCGAACGAGAACUUUCGCUUUCGGACGAAAGCCUGUUAAAGAGGUUUUCAUAUGGUAGGCCUACUCUUCUUGCUUGCUAUGGUUCUCUUUCCACCACACAAGUCAGAGUACUGCCUGAACAUUUAUAUCUUUAUUUAAAAGGGGGAAAAAACUUACAAUUAUGUGAAACUUUUGUACACGUUAAUAGGAAAUUGUCUUGUGAUGAAAUCAAGCUUCUAAAAAGAACCAUAUUUGAUUCAUAUAUUGCAAAAAAUAAAAUGGCCAUUGCACAC